AUGAACGAACCUGACGAACCGCCUAUAGACCGUCUCGGUAUAAGGGAUCAAAUUCACUCUUAUGUCACCAACAUACUUCCUCAUGGCACCAACUCGCGUCAUGAUGCUUCUAUUCUGCCUGUAACCAACGAACAACCCAAGAAUCAAGAUGGCCUACACCUGUCUACUGGUCCAACUGGACCUGGACCAGCUCAACGACAACAGUCUCAGCAUGUCACCUACGAUAUUUCCACGACUGGAGCGGUCCCCGUGGAUACCCAUCAUGGAGAGAAGACAUCCACCCUAGAUUCUGGGCCCAAGCCUGGUUUCUUUAACAAGGCCUACACCUCCAUCAAGCUCAUCAUCUUAUCAAGCUGGGUCAACUGGUUCCUCGUCUGUGUCCCUGUGGGCAUCGCCCUCGGUGCAGUGCAACGAUCGACAGGAAACGAUGGACCUAUCUCGCCCACCGUUGUGUUCUCCAUCAACGCCGUUGCCAUUAUCCCCCUGGCUUGGAUGCUUGGAUACGCGACUGAAAGUGUCGCUGCCGAUAUGGGCGAUACCAUUGGUGCUCUUUUGAAUGUUACCUUUGGAAACGCCGUAGAACUUAUCAUCUUUAUCAUUGCCCUGGUGGCAGACGAAAUCGCCAUUGUGCAGGCUUCCCUGCUUGGCUCGAUUCUUGCCAAUCUGUUGCUCAUUCUCGGCAUGUGUUUUCUUUUCGGAGGUCUUCGCUUCCGUGAACAGUUGUACAAUUCUGCUGUGACGCAAAUGAGUGCAUGUCUCUUGAGUUUGAGUGUGAUUAGUCUACUUUUACCCACUGCUUUUCACGCGUCUUUUAGCACUAUAGCCAACGCAGAUGCAGCCGUCCUCAAGGUUAGCCGAGGCACCAGUGUGGUCCUUCUUUUGGUGUACAUCUUGUACCUCCUCUUUCAACUGAAAUCUCAUUCGUACAUCUACGAAAGUACACCUCAGCACGUCAUUGACGAGGAGUCGCAUCCCGGUGUGCUUGCAGACAUUCUUAACUCGGCUUCAAGCUCUGAGUCAUCCAGUGAUGAUGACAGUGAUGCCAGCUCGGGAUCAAACACGACUGUCAAGAGGAUUAGACGGGCUUUGCGUAAGAAGCGCAGACGCAAGUCUAGCUCGGCCUCUAAGGAUACUGCUUCGGCCCCAUCUUUGCCGUCAUUCGUGCGCACCGCAUCUUAUAGCUCACAGGUCACUGACAUCUCGACACAUUCACGUGGCGGCAAGACUAAUGCCAAACACAAUGGUCAGGAGGCUAUAACCCUAGAGCAAGACCGUCCUCAGAUGAGUACGGAGUCUUCCGGCGAGGUGACGACUCGUGACUUUACCGUCGUUUCAGAGAGUCAGGCAAUGGGAGAAAAGAAACGAAAGGUUUCCCGGCAUACCCGUUCCAAGGACGAGAAGCGCCGAAAUUCUGAAGAGGAUAUCAUUGAAGAGGGCGUCAUUCCGCAGUCUACCCCUUUCCCUCCUCUGGAAGGUGAAGCAGAGGGUGUUCCUCCAAAACGACCAUUCAACCUACGCAAUAUUUCAUACAAACAGGCUCUGCCGCGUGCGCUGGCUCCAAAUGUAUUCAGCUCAUCACAAGCGCAGCCCGGACCUUCAGCAGCUGGUCCCAUGCCUGGAAUUGGUGGUAGCAACGACCUCCGUCGUACCAGUUCUUUGCCAGAUCGCCUUAACAACACCUUUCCAGGACCAACAGCAGUACCAGUUGCCACAGCAAUUCCGUCCGCUCAACCGCUGCCGCAUCUUGUUUCGAAGAAGAUUGUGGUUGAGGUCAAGGACGACCCUGAAGAGAAACCAAAGUUGGGCCGUAUUACAGCCGUUAUCCUUCUACUUGUCACCACUGCUCUUGUCGCCGUCUGUGCUGAAUUCCUUGUUGAUUCUAUCGACUAUUUGGUUAGCUCCACUGGAGUUAGCAAGGCCUUUAUUGGAUUGAUCAUUCUUCCCAUUGUGGGUAACGCCGCUGAGCACGUUACUGCGGUUACAGUCGCAAGCAAGAACAAGAUGGAUCUUGCUAUUGGCGUUGCUCUAGGCAGUAGCAUCCAGAUUGCGUUGUUCGUCACUCCGGUCAUCGUCCUUCUCGGCUGGAUCUUGGACACCGAGAUGUCGCUUUACUUUAGCUUGUUUGAGACGAUUUCUCUGUUCGCAUCUGCUUUCAUUGUCAACUAUCUCAUGCUGGACGGUCGCAGUAACUAUCUCGAAGGUGCAUUGCUCAUUGCCGCAUAUGUCAUUAUCGCUGUGUCUGCAUACUUUUAUCCUCCAUGCGACAAUACCAGCACUUUGAACGGUGGCACAAUGACUGGUCAGUGUUAA